GAAUCAUCCAUAGCUGAGGCAGCCCGGCUGUGUUCCUGACCCGCAUUCGGCCGCACUGUACCAGGCAUGGGGGAGGACGCUGCACGCACACUCACACUCACCGUGGCAGUGGCUGUGACAGUGACCGGCAAACACUCGCCUGUUAGCGGAAGGAAGAGGGACACCGGGGGAAGCUUGGUCGCCUUUUGAGACGGUGGAACCCCUGAGGAAUCUCUUCCUGACGAAGUCGAGACAGUUCAGUUUUUCGGAGAAAAGGAGAACUGGACCACUCGGACUUCCCUUGAUUGUGCUCCACCUGACACUAUUGUAUUCAUUGUAUAGUUGAUAACACCAGCGUUAUUUGUCAGAUUAUACAAGAUAUUUAAAUAUUUUUGACAGACUUACCUCCGACCAUCCUCUCUUCCAUCCACUCAGAAGAAGCCUCUGCUUUCUACCUCCUAUAAAAAAAAAAAAGAAAAGGAAAGGACAAAAAAACAAUUAUCUAAUAAGGCUUUUUUUUUUUUCCUUCGUACAACAUUUCUAUAAAUACCUCAGGGAUACUCUCCCGCCACCUACCUCUUCCAUCAAAACAGCCAACUGUGGAACACAGCAUAUCUAAACCUGUGACCUCUUACUGCUGUUACCGUGACAACCUGGAUUGCCUCUCAGACUCUCCUUGCUGCAAAUGUUAGAACCAGCAGUGACUCUGGACCUCAUACCACCUGCUCGCCUAGAUCUGGUCAUUGUAUAAAAUUGUACCAUAUAAAAAAAAAAAAAAAAAAAAAAAAGCAGGGCCGUGCUGCCGGAAAGUCUGCUAUACACCAGCUGUAGCCUCACCUGUCCAAAUAGUAUACCUGUCAGACAACUAUAUACCUCAGCACACACGCUAACUCAAGGAAACGGAAAGGAACGAGGAACUUCAUCCAAAAUCCUGGUGCUGUGAUUUACCCAGUGGACCACCCAUUUCAGAAUCUUUCAUUUGCCUUAGGGACUGGAUCACAGCAACCGUAACCAGGGCGUCCUCCAGAGAACCAUUUUGACUCCAUGCGGCAAACACCUAUUCUGCAUUUGCUUCUCAAAAAGUCCCAUAAAAGCCUCUAAGUGGUAGCACAGAUAAGCUAUUGAUCGACAGGCCUUCAGAGAAUCCAGGCAGAGACUAUUACUACAUUCUGUGUCGGCUUCCGCUCACCCGUUGGAGCCUCCAAGGAAGUGUUGAGCAGAAGACAGAAAUUGCAGGCUUCUCGAUAAAGUCAAGAAGUCAAAGCAUCAAAAUUCAUUGAAAAGUAAACAAACUGAGAAGAUCUGUCCUGUGUUCCAAAAAAAAUAACACACGAAAAGACGCCUUAAGAGUAAAGAAAGGAAUGCAUCGCUUUCCUUUGCUUCAGCUGCUGUUGUGCCCACCAUGUUCUUACAAGCCAAUGGCUGCAACCAUUCCCGGCUGGCUGCCUAUUGAAGGGUCUGCAGGCAAAUCGUAAACAGGCUGGCAAGGCCGGCAUCCGCCUCAUUGUCCUGUGAUUGGCUGCUGCAUGGGACUGAGGCUGAAUGGAGCCAGCGUCCAAGAAGCAGAAUAGCAACUCCUCAGAGAAAGAUGAGAAAGGGUGGCUCGAUGUGCCAAAGAGAAAAAGGAAGAACAGCCAGUCUUCAAUGAAGAGUAUGUCUGCUCUUAGCAUCUCUGUUCCAGGGUACAUCCCCAGCUACCUGGAGAAGGAUGAGCCAUGCGUGGUGUGUGGAGACAAGGCGACCGGCUACCACUACCGCUGCAUCACAUGCGAGGGUUGCAAGGGUUUCUUCCGUCGAACCAUCCAGAAGAACCUCCACCCGUCGUACACGUGUAAAUAUGAAGGCUGCUGCAUCAUCGACAAGAUCACACGCAACCAGUGCCAGCUAUGCCGCUUUAAAAAGUGUACCUCUGUGGGCAUGGCUAUGGACUUGGUAUUGGACGACUCAAAGCGUGUGGCCAAGCGUCGUCUCAUCGAGGAGAACCGUGAGAAAAGAAAAAGGGAGGAGCUGGUGCGAACGCUGCAGGUGAGACCAGAGCCGAACACCACGGAGUGGGAGUUGAUCAGGAUGGCAACGGAAGCCCACCGAAACACCAACGCGCAGGGUUCCAGCUGGAAGCAGAAGCGCAAGUUUCUGUCAGAUGACAUUGGUCAGGGAAAGCUGGUGCCUGCAUCGGAAGGAGAUAAGGUGGACCUGGAAGCCUUCAGUGAGUUCACCAAGAUCAUGACACCCGCCAUCACACGUGUGGUGGACUUUGCCAAGAAACUGCCCAUGUUCUCAGAGCUUCCGUGUGAAGACCAGAUCAUCUUGUUGAAGGGGUGCUGCAUGGAGAUCAUGUCGCUACGUGCCGCCGUCCGCUACGAUCCGGAAAGCGAGACGCUGACGCUGAGUGGCGAGAUGGCCGUAAAACGUGAGCAGCUGAAGAACGGGGGUCUGGGUGUGGUGUCGGACGCCAUCUUUGAUUUAGGCAAGAGCCUGGCCCAGUUUAACCUCGACGACUCGGAGGUGGCGUUGAUGCAGGCCGUCCUACUCAUGAGCUCGGAUCGCACAGGGCUGACGAAUGUGGAGAAGAUCGAGCAGUGCCAAGAGGCUUACCUUCUGGCGUUCGAGCACUACAUCAACUACCGCAAGCACAACAUUCCUCACUUCUGGCCCAAGCUGCUGAUGAAGGUAACAGACCUGCGCAUGAUCGGAGCGUGCCACGCCAGCCGCUUCCUCCACAUGAAGGUGGAGUGUCCCAACGAACUGUUUCCCCCGCUCUUCUUGGAGGUCUUCGAGGACCAGGACGUGUGACCGGAAAACACCGGCAAUCCCCCUUGACACUGAAAAACCUGAACAUAGGUGGAGGGGAUGGGAAAGAAGCGGGAGGAAGCAAAUUAUUUUUUCGUCUUUCAUGGGAACAUGCCCUGUGAACAUUUUUCAGGGGGCUUGGGGGGUAACACACCCACCACCUACCACCAGCACUCGACAUCACAAGCGAAAAAAACAAUGUGGAUACUUAGUCUUGUCACUUUAAAAGAUACAGUACAGUUAUUUAAACCACAUACACUCAAGUCCAACUAUAUGCAGACACACACACAGACACACACACACACACACACACACGCCUCCCACAAAUGUAGUUUCCUCUGCGUCCUGAUCAUCAUCUCAGACAAUCCCACUCCACAUGCUUCUUUGCACCUUCCGUAUCUGCAGUGGUGCCCUCUACGGUUCCGCCCGGAGCUAUGACAGUGUUCGUCAACCUACCUCCCCUCACAUACUGACCUCUCAAUGUAUCUCACACACACACACACACACACACACACACACACACACACACGGGAAACAUCAACACAUGCACUUUUACCUCAUAGCUAGUAAAAUACAGUGUCUUAUUUAUUGGUGGUUUACUGAGAAAACACACAGCCAUGUAGUCCGCAGUUGUACCUCUCUAGUAGUGACGGUGGGAACACUUAUAAUAGUAUAGUGUAAUAUAACAGUACAGUAGGUCUGAUGUCAGCGUUUCUAUUGUAUGAUGAUGAUGUCCAAUAAACAGAGGCUUAAUAUUUUCUAUUCAUAAUCAGUGACGGCUGGUGGAAGGAACGUAGUUUUGAACGUAGACCUGUAGACUACAUCACAACCACUGCAAGUAAACAUCCCUGUCAUAUAUUUAAAAAAAAAAUACACAACUCCUUUUGCAAAUCAAUACUUUAUUUCUAUAUGAGCUGUAAAUACAGUAAUAAUAAAAAAAAAUGUUUAUUUAUUGAGAUGCCUGUAUCUUAUUUGGGUGUUGACGGGGAAGCUAACUGGAAAGGCUAAGUGGAAUUAGUAAUUUAAGUGUUAGCUGUUAGGGGUGGACGAUACUGCAAAUUAAGUAAGUACGGGGGCCAGUAUUGACGAUACCAAUAUCAAAAAAAUAAAAAAAUACAUAUAAAUAAAAAAUAAUUAAAUAAAUUACUCGUAAAUUAUAAUAAACCAUGCAUUAAUUAAUAAAUUAAUUAUUUGUAUCAGAAUUGAACAAUAUAUGAAUACAACAAUAUCAACAAAAUAUUACAAUUAUUCCCUUUAGGAUUGCAACUAUCGAUUGUUUUCUUAGUCGAUUAAUCUGAAGCUCAUUGUUUAGAUUAAUCGAGUAAUUGGUCAGGCUUUAACUGGACCAAAUCAACGUGAACCAAACACAGUCAGUGUUUUGGUCUGCAAUAUAUCAGAAAAGAGCCAAAAAUGUUGACCACUGUUUUAGAUAAUAGGAUAGUGAUGAUGAAAAACAUAAUAGGCCUGCUUUCAUGGAUAACUAAGGAAAUGAAAAACUAUUUACAUUUGAGCAGCUGAAAUGGCAGGAUAUUUACACAUUUAAAUACAAAAAAAACGAUUAAUCGAUGACCAAAUUAAUUGUUGAUUAAUUGGAUAAUUGAUUACUCAUCGAUUAAUUGUUGCAGCUCUAAUUCCCUUUUAUUACAUACAACUGUUUGAGCAAAAUAAAGUCAGUAGUGCCAAAUAAACAAACAAAAGCAAAAACUACUAUUGGUUUUCAUUUGAUUUUUGUCCUUUUUGCCCCCAAAGUCCUCCUGUGUCCGAGAACGUAUUCCCUGAGUUUAGAAACAAUAUAACAACAUCAAAGUAUAACACUAUCAACAAUAUAACAAAAUGAACACAACAAAAAACACACAUUUGUGAUCAUAAAUGUAGAAUACAACUGAAAAAUAUCAAUCUCAUCAUGCUAUUAUCAAUCCAAUCCCAUGGAUAUUUGGAUCGAAGUGCCCACCCCCAUUAGCUAGCUGCAAAUCUGCAUGGGAAAAUAAUUAGCUGUCUGCUCAUAAAGCCUUUUUUUCUCAAGCAUUUCCCUUAUACAACAGUCCAUUACGAGUUACAUAAAGUGAAACAGGCUCCAAUAAAGAAUUUAGUGCUCGCUCCCUGUUCAGUGUAUGCAGCCAGAGAAUCAGGCCAACGUUGGGAUGUGGUUAUACUUUGCUAGCAAAACAAAGCCCGCUUGCUCACAUGUGCAGGAGACCCUUCUGCCCCCUCUUCAGCUGUAACUUGUAAUUGGAGCUACAGAAAAAAAAAAAAAAGGUUUUGAUCGCAUUCCUAGGGUUGCAAUUUGAGCUUGUAAGCUGAUGAGACGUGCCCUGGCAGUGAUACUGUGUCUAUUUCUUUUCAUUUUCCCAUCAAUUAUUAUAGUUCGGUGGCUCAGGAAUGUUGGUACCACGCACUCUCUUAGCCAGCCGUCCCUGAUUAUAUUAAAUGAAAGGUCAUGAUUAGAGAUUAACCCAUACCUGUCAAGCCUCCAGUUUUCCCCGCGAGACUCCCGUAUUUUGCCCUUCUUAAAAUACCUUUCCGUAUUUUAACUUUCAUAAAAAAGAAAGUUGUCUCCGGUACUGCCGGCGCAGCACAGCUUCCGGUCCGCUCAGCCACACUUGGGCAGCAUCGGCGUAAUACAACCUGUAGCCGGUACUGUUAGGCCUUCAAACUAAAAGCCCGCCAGUAAAAUAACAUGGUUACACAAAAGUGGGCAGUCGGGUUGUUACACAUUUUGAUUAAAAGACUGUAAUUUCCCUUAUUUUCCAGAAAAUGUACCUUAUUUUCAAAUGCAAGUGUUGACAGGUAUGCCCCCCGCCACAGUGACAACACUUUUUCUUUUUUGUGUUAGGUGAAGAACCAUAUAUUUUCCUCAGGAGUUCCACACCAAAGGACAGUGAAUGUCAUUAACUAAUACUGUGCAAAAUAAACAAGACAUUGCAGUUGUCUUCAAAACUGCACGUGAAUGCUGAGAGAUGCCGGCCUGACGCUCGCUUUUAUAUCACAGCAUACCAUAGCAAUCCACACAUACCAUGCAAGCACCGUCCCUUAGCAGAACCUUUGCAGACAUACAGCACCGCAAGUAUUUUUGCCCUUCUUCCCUGACGCCCUCCUGUUUUAAUAGUUUGCCAUAUUUUACCUUCCUCUGCAACACUCAGGCAUUUGAAAAUAAGGGAUAUUUUUGAUAAUUAGGGAGAUAUUCCAGAAAAUUCAGGAAAUACUGGGCUUUCCACCAGAUUUUCCACCAGCAAGGUGGAAGGAAAAUGUUUGCUGCUUUAGAUGCACAAACAUUUUCUGCCCCUUCAGAAAGCCCAGAAUUGCCCUCAUUUUCCAAAAAAAAUAUGUCCCUCACUUUCCCUUAUUUUGCAGAAUAUUUCCUGUGUUUUUAAAUGUUGACAUUGGCAGACAUGCCAUGAGCUCUACUGACCUUUAUUCACACACUUUUUUUUUUUUUUUAAAGAUGCACAAUAGCAAUAGUCUUAUUGCUUGUCUCAACACGUUUUUCAUUAGAUUUUACUUUACGCGUCCCCAAAAGAAAAGCCAUGCAUUUCUGACACAGAAUAGCAUUCGUGUGUAAUGUGUCUCUCAGCAUUCACGCUCUAAUAAUGUCACCUAUAGCUUACAAACGUAAAAACACAGAGGUUGAACACUGACGGAGGCUGCGUACAUAGGGGAUUCCACUAGUGGAACAUUUGUGUGACGUGAAAAAAAUCUUACUUCAAGACAUAGAGAAGUACUUAUAUCUCUGACAUAUACCUCCUGUCUUAGCUGCAUCUCGCACAUACACAAAUGUAUCACACACACGCUUGUUUUUUUUUGUUUUUUGUUUUAAACAUAUUUAUUUAAGACCUUGGUUGCGAUUGCAUUGCUAACAGCCACUGUGCUGCGCCAUCACACCCGCCUCCCCUGCCUGCCUACAUUCUCAUCGGACUACAAUACCACUGAUACACACCACGACAUGACCCUGCCCCUCCCCCGUCAAGUCCUAAUGGGUGGGGGAUUAUGUCGCUUACCUCGUGGCAUGUACCUGUUUCAAGUACCUGCUGAAAAACGGACCGAUUCUACCUCACCUCUCAUGUUGGUACAGCUGCCCUUUCAUCUGCAACACAGUGACGCGCAUGUUUAAAACGUACGACGGAAACGUGUCGGCAGCUCUGUCGAGACGGGCCAUGGAUCAACAGGUGAACGCGAGUUCAUUUUCGUGGGACCAACAGUUACCGUUUUUCUUUCAGAAUUUGAUGUAAGACUGCGGGCCCCUUUCACACCGCCUCUCAGUGUGCAUCUGGUGUGAUCCGAUUAGUGAUGGUUAGCUUGAUGGUUAGCUUGACUCGUCUCUAGUGGCCGCUGAUGACAGGGGUGCCCAAACUUCUUUCACUGAGGGUCGCAUGAAAUAUGAAAGGAUGCGGGGCCACUUUGAUAAUCUUCAAAUUUGUGUUUGCUAUAUAUGCAAUCUAAGUUGGGGGGUGUUCCUUUGUUUUUUUUUUAAGGAACUUUUUUUUUUAUAGAAUUCUACCAAAUUCACAAGUAAUCAUUCUUACUAUAGUCGCUUAUUUUGCAAUUUUAUCAAAACUAUUUUUGAAUAUCACAAAAUAUCAAAUUUGUUUUUAACAUGGCAAAUGUUUCUUUUCAGUGUGGCCCUAAUCAUCCUCCAUAAUGUUCUGACGAAGACUACAUUUCAUGUUAUUUAAAAAACAAACAAAAAAAACCUCCCAGGCUAGACUUUGGACACCCUUGCCAUCUCAAGACCCUGCUCUGUUUGCAAAUGCUUUCACAACAAUGCCACACAGCAAAUUAACCUUCUGAUUUGUUCGAGAGAGUGAAGCCACGCCGUACGUUUAUGCAAAUGAGCAUCAUUGGAAUCGGUGGUUGGAUUAAAGGACACCAGACACAUUGAUGGCACGUCUGAAUCGGGCCCCUUUUGACCUUACAUGGUGCCGAUUGAACCUCAUGUCUGAGGUAUUAUGACAGCAAAAAAUGGGACUCCGGCAGGAGCCAUUUUGGCCUGAUUGGAUGGAGCCAACAGACUAUGGCGGUGGGGAUUCAAUAAACGGCGAGCCGGCAGUCUUUGCCUCUGGAUUCAUCCGAGCCAAGAGGGAGGAAACAGCACUUGGCGUCAUGUGACUCAGAAAUGGACCCUGUUUUCUUCCCUUUCCCCCUGCUGUCGUCAGCAGAAACGGACGUUAAGCCAUUCGCCGUUGGAAAAAAAAAAAAAAAAGCGACUGUCCUCUCCCUAAAAUGUACACUUCGAUUUCAACGUCGCUGAAAUAAGCUCCACUGAUCACCAUCCACAAAUAACAAUCAGGUUUUUUUAUGUUGCACUAAAACUACAAUGGAUGUAAUAACCCUAAACACUUUCUUUUCUUCUGUCCAGUCACUUUUUUUUUUUCUUCUUUGCUUGAAACGGUCUUGAUUAGGGUUGCACAAAUCCAAAUCCAGUACAGUAUUGGGAACUUUGUGAGAAUUAAUGGGAAUAGUCCUAAAUGAGCAGAAACCAUCUUGGCAACCAGGGGUUUAUAUAUACAUGGUCAUGGUAAUGGUUUAGUUUAUCCACAUGACACUGAAGUACAGUAGAUACGAAUGGCUGGUGGUUCCGCAACUAAUUGAGAUGCCCACAAAAUGUCUAUUUUUGACACACAGCUCGCCCCUCCUUCCUUCAGAAGUUAAAUUUCACACUUCACGUGCCUCACGGCAACUAGCGUGCACCCAAGCACCGUCGAUCAAAGCGCGAAAUCUCAAUGCUUGACGAAAAAGCAUUAACAGUAAAGCAUAAAGACAUGUGAAGCAGUAUAUGUAAGCUGUGCAUUUUUAUCUGCAUCAUCACGUAUCUCUAAAUUAUUCAUGACUAGGAGUGCUCCGAUCGACCGGCCACGGAUAAAAAAAAAUAAAAAAUCACGUGACCGAUAAAUGCCUUUCAAGGCCGAUCACAAAAGCCGAUCACCUGUGGCUUGUACUAUUGCAGCGUGCAGCCUGUAGCGAGCCUCUCCAUCUCCCGACCACUUUCCCUCACACUGGGCAGGCGUGCCAAGGCCAAAACAAUCAUGUCCGCCGUGUGAGGCUUACCUGUCCUUUGUGCGAGCAAUAUCAAAUUUGCACCGUUCAAAACAUGCCACGAAAACUAUCUCGCCGGGGUGGCACGUUAAAAAGCUUUCGUUUUGUGCGGCAUUUGGGAGGCGGGCACUUGGCGGGGUGUGAUGAGUUUUCGAGACUUGCGAUGUGAUCAUCCGUCACCCGUAUGUGCCACAGCAGUCGGCGGUCUAAGGCAGAUAGCCCGAAAAGUGGUUGGAUUCGUCGGAUUGGAUAGCCGGCCUUCGUCGGCCUCUCGCAUCUAAAGUCUCGGCGUCUCAUCCUCUGUAAGUCCAGGGAUACAGUAUGUUCUCUUGAAACAGUAAGUCAAAUAUGUUUUUGUCUAAAUGAAGGUGAUGAUUUUAUGGUUCCCUUUUUCAUAUCAUAUAGUCAAUAGUAAAUUUUAAAAUGUACACUCAAUCCAUGUGAUUGGCAUCGGACGAUUUCACUCAUGGAUGAUCGGUAUCGGAAUGGGCAGCAUAAAACCCUGAUCAGAGUGCCCCUAAUCCUCUCAGCAAUUACCGAUAGUUUGUUCGCUUUCUGUGUUUAACACAUACUAGGUUACCAUUUUUUACUAGUAAAUAGCCUAUUGUAUGAAAAAAUGUAAUCAAAUUUCCCAAAUUAAAAAAAUAAAAAUAAAAAUUCCGUUCCAUAAAAAAAAAAACAUUAGAGAAAUUAAAAUUUAAAAAAUGCUUUGGGAAAAUGAAUAUACAGGUGCAUCUCAAUACAUUUAAAUACAUUGGAAAAGUUAAUUUAUUUCUGUAGUUCAUUUCGAAAAGUAUAGAUUUAAUACAGAGUGAAAUAUUUCAAGAAUGUGUUUUCUUAGUUUCUUGAUGAUUUUGAUGAUUAUAAUUUACAGCUAAUGAAAACCCCAAAUUCAGUAUCUCUUAAAAAUGAGAAAAAACGGAAAAAACUCCUACUACUGCUGCAAAAACAUCCUGAGCCUUUAAGUGGUUUCUUGGUGUGAACUGAACUACGGAACUCGAGUAUCUUACAAAACAACAAUCCAUUUAAUUCCCAUUAAUUAUCAUCAAUUCCAGUGGAAAGUAUCCCAAUGAAUAUUUCCGAAAUAUCCUUAUCCGACUGGAUGUUUCCACCUCUUUGCAACACUAAUCAUGACCAUAUUGUGAAAUAUACGUCACUGCUACAGUACACACACACACACACACACACACACACAUUGUGUGUAAACUUAACAUGGGGCUGGUUUCACAAAGAUACUGUCUAUUUCCGGAUGAAGUGAGAGCUUUGUUUCCAUGGUUGCAAGUCCUGGCAUCCUCCAAAUCUGUGCCACCUACCAUUGAUUAUACUUUGCCAAGAUGAAAAUUCAUCCACAUUCUUUCAUGGUAAGAAAAAAUAUAGAACAGUCAUUCUGAGGUGUGACAAUGAAAUGUCAAUGAAAGUCUAUCUUUGGGAAAGCAGCCCCUGACAGCGAUACAGCCUUUAAGUGCUACUGCUCUUUGUUACUUGUCGACAUUGCAGGGUAUUUAAAUAGAACUGUAAGCACUGAUUAAACAGUCACACACACACACACAUGCACACACACACACACAUAUGCACGCACAGCAAUAGGAUGAUCAAGCAGUGCAGGUUCACAGUUGGCAUCUCCAGGCCUUCUGUGAUCUCACCUUCACUGUGAAUGAAAGCAGGGCAAACACACACACGCAUACCAAAUACACACUUUAUUUAUGCUAUCAGUGGCUGACCUACUCAAAUCACGUCAUCGUGUCCAAGCAGUCAUGUAGCACACCUGCAUUAGUGAGCUCGCACUCGCGUUGAUGGAGUCAAAACACCAAAUCACCAAAAUGACCUUCAUAUUGCCCCGUUUUUCUAAACUCAGGAUCUCGUCCCUGAGCGCGCAGAGCACAUAUUGUGUUCCAGUUUAAGGACUACACACAAAUGAGGUUCGGCAUCAUGAUUUGAGCUGGCAGCCAUUCUCAGUGGUUAUCUUUCCCGAAAACUAUCACCAGCACCAGAAAAACGCACUGCCUUCAGCCAUGAUUACGUGCACCAGCAUAGCAGAGACAGAGACAGACUAACAGUAACAAUCCAUGUACUGUGCCAGCUACUGCAACGCCAUGUUCAAAUACUGGGGACAACCGUAUACUAUGUUGGGGGUGAUUAUGUUGCAUUCAAGGUAACUUGGAAGUCGGAAAUAUCACUUAACCUUCUUGAGGAAUAAUACUGUCGUUUUUAAAUAAACGGAAGAGAAUUGAAACACGCCAAUCUCAUCAUGCUGUGUGGAUCGAUCCGCCCAUAAAGACAUCCGUCCUUCAAAUAAGCACCCGGUACUCUCUGGUUCUCCAGUUUUGGUAAAUGGUCAAAACUCAUACAGCCAAAAAGUUUACGGUAUAUAGUCUCUUGGUGACGUUUUUUUCCGACUUCCGGGUAUUCUUAAGGGCAGCAUUAGCCUGAUAGAAGGUUUGGGACAUAUUGAACCUAUGCUGACAAGCAAGGCUGUAAAAAAAGAAAUCAUCACAUGGACUACAUUUCAGGAACUUGUUCAUUUGGACACUGACCCCUUCUGGUAUAAGCAGAAUAAACCUGUUGCAUGUGUUUGAGCAUGGUCUUAGUUGUAGUACCAAGACAAUUUAGCCUGUUCUUAGGGAAAUUCCAUCCUCUGCAUCACUUUCCUUACUUCUUAAUGCAAAUUAAAUUCGUGUUUUUCCCACCCCCUGUUACCACUGAACUUUCCCUCCUGUCUGUCUGUCUGUCUGUCUGACACUUUAAAUACUAGUUACAUUUUACCUCAUGUUUACAAUAACUUAAACUGUGAACUUGUCGCUAGGCUAUAAGAGAACACUUUACAUUCAUGCGCCUGCUUAAAAACAAAUGAUACUUACCCAGGGAAAACAUCUGUUAAUCGGCGUCCUCCCUGUCCUUGCCACAUCUGUCCUGAUCUCUUGCAAUGUCAAACCUCUCCCUGUCUUUUCUAUUUAUGUCGUCCCCUGCCACCACUCCAGCACCCUCAAAGACAUCUGCCCCAACUCAUACAAGCACUGUUUGGUGGAGAAAGAUGACAAUCCUCUACAGGAGUAUGUCCACUUGUGGAAUGUAAUAUAAUUGUAAUUGUACCACACUCAUGUUGUUGCUGAAUUGGAUGUUGCUAGUAUGGUUCUACUAAAUAUGCUUGGCAGGGUGCAUUUGCAAAAGUAAGUUAAAGCCAGGAUUGAGUGGCAUACUGCCACUGAGAUAUUUUUAAUAUGUAUAAAAAAAAAGAAGAAAAAAACCUUGAGCAGUGUAUUGUAAGCCAUUUUUCUUUCCUUUGUCUUUAAUGUGCAUCGGGUUUUCUUGGAAGAGAUGGUGGGUCUAUUUGUGUUUAUGCUUUAUUAGAUUUGACGGAUCAUCGGUGCAAAUGCAGUCAUCUAAUUCAGUGUUCAGUUGAAUUGCAUGAAAAGAAGCAGCGUAAUUUCACACUGGAGAACCAAUAUUUGACAAAUAACUCAAGUGUCCCUUACGGAUAACAUGUAGUUCAGGGGUCAUCAACAUUUUUCCUUGUGAUAGCUACUUUUACAAAAUGAAAAUGGCCAAGAGCUACUCAUUUUUGUAACAUUUAUUUUCAGAGCUUAUUUUAAACCCAAACAAAGCGAAUAUGCUUGUUUUACCAGAACAUGAACAAAAUGCUGGUGUCCACAACUCACAUUUUGUAUUUCAAAAUGCAUUUCUUUCUACUGUUCUUUCAUUAUUAACUGAAAACCUGAAUGAAAAGCAGGCUUGCGGGCACCUCAUGUGGUCGUGGGGGGCUACCUGGUGCCCGCGGGCACCACGUAGGUGACCCCUGAUGUAGUUCAUAACAAACUACUUCAUCACUAUUUAUUAUCAGGCCUUCAGGCUAUUAUCGUUCGUAAAAAUAGAAAUAUUUUUUUGAAAUAUAUCUUUCAAUUCUUUCUUAAACUCGACAUGUUCUUUCAAAGCAGAUAUUUCAAGUCACCUGUUAGGUAAGCUAAUCUUAAAACUAUUAACAUCCACACGGGCGGUCCUCGUUUUGCAAUGCACUGCCAUAAAUGAAUCAUUCUGUACAAAAAGAAAAAGAGUUGGAAGAAUACAUAGUCAGGCUGCGCUGCACUGAGGAAGGACAGUGUCACUUUUUGGCUUCACUUUUUGCCCUUCAUUGUGCCUCCCAAGUGUAAGGCAUACUCUUCUGAUGCAGUGCAUCAAAGAAAAGGAAAGUCAUCAUCGUCAAAAUAAAGAUGGUAUCCUCCUAUGAAAUGAACGGUGAUAACUACGCAGCAUAGUCAUCUCAUUAUUGACACUUCCUCCUCACAAUAAGCCUAAUAAGCCGUAAUCCUCCUUUGCAACGCCCCUUCUACAAGGUGUAUCAAAAAAAAGUAGACUCUCCAAAACGUAGCCACUUAAGUUACAAUUGAAUAUUAGAAAACUCCUUUUUAACGCUGUCCUUGUCUUGCAGGCCUUCCCACCUUCUUAAAAUAUGGCCCCAGGCUAGUCUGGAAGAAUAACCUCCGAUUCUCCACCCAGAUCUCCAUGACCCCUCUAGUAUUCAUUAGCAUUCAAUCAUCUUUACCCUUAAUGACGGUUGCGACAGUCGAGCAGCUGGGACCCAAUGGGCGGACAAUAUUGGUGAACAUGUCUUCAUUUUCACUCCCCUGGUGAUAGCUUUCCUUUUCCUUAGCACACUGCAGCUUGAGAGACAUAAUGAAGUGUCAAAAGUUAACUAAUAAGCAAUGUUACACACACUGCAUUUUGUGCUGUGACUAGUUCUCAAGCGAGUCCGUCUUUACGGAUAAAAAAAAUACAUUUCGUCACCAUGAAACGUAACCGGGAGCGCCGAAAACCGAGGACCACCUGUGCUAAGCUGGUACUACUCCUCCAAAAGGUCACAACUUCAUUUUACACUGUUUUUAGCUAUGCUUUUAUCAAUUUCCUGGUCCGGCUGGUCAAACAGGAAGUGAGCGACGCGGCUUGUCGUGCUCAUUUGAGCCUUUGCUCUUCAAAAAAAAUCCAAAAUAAAUGAUGCUUUGAGGCUUUAGAUUGCUUUACAUUCAUUAUUUAACCAAGGUCCAUACUUUGAUGUAAAAAAAAAAAAAUCUACAUUAUCUCAAUGUCGUGAGAAGAAUAUUGCUGUUUGUGGAUUUUUAAAAAUGUCAAAGUGAAAUUUACUGUAAA